AUGCGCUUAAAUGCCUCAAUUGAUGUGGCAAGAUUUCUUUUAAGAUCGGGAUUUCCAUUUUGUGGACAUUAUGAAAGUGAAGAAUCAGAAUAUAAAGGUGGCUUUCUUGAACUUUUGGAAUGGCAUGGAGAUCGAAAUCCGGAUGUGGGAAGAGUAAUAUUACGUCAUGCUCCACAAAAUGAUAUGAUGAUUUGUCCAACAAUUCAAAAAGAGAUUGUGGAGGCUUGUGCUAAAGAAGCAACUAAAGCUAUCAUUUUGGAAGAUAUGAAGCGUGACUGUCCAUAUCAUCUUGAUAGAUUUGCAGCGGAAAAUCUUUUGAGCCAGAUUCAAGAAUUUGGAUUUAUGUUUAAGUUGCACUUGAUGUUUAGGGUGUUGUUAUUAACAAAUGAAUGGAACAACACUUUACAAAAGAAAGAUAAAGAUAUUGUUAAUGCUAUCGGAAUGCUUGACCUUGCAAAGGAAAGAUUGCAAAUGAUGAGAAAAACUGAAUGGAAUUCUUUGUUGGAUGAGGUGUCCUCAUUUUGUAGUAAACAUGAUAUUCUAAUUCCCAAAAUGGAUGAAGACUAUACUCUAGGAAAGUCAAAGCGUAAGAGGUACGAAGUUUCAUAUUUACAUCACUUUCGGGUGGAAGUGUUUACUACGGUUAUUGAUUUGGAAUUUCAAGAGCUUAAUGAUCGUUUUAAUGUUGUGACUACUGACUUACUACUUGGUAUGGCCAGUUUGAAUCAGGUUGAUUCAUUUGCUAAUUUUGAUAAGGACAAGAUAAUGAAGUUGGCAGAGUGUUAUCUAAGUGAGUUUGGUGAUAACAAGCUUCGAGAACUUGGUUUCCAACUUGAUAGUUUCAUUGUCUAUGCUCAAAAGUGUGAUAGCAGAUUUCUUAACCUGAAGGAAUUAAGGAUUUUGCUAGAGUGA